AUGGCUGAGCGCUCCAAGCAGUACUCUUUGCUCAACAUCUGGUGCGUUUCUCUAGCCUUGAAAGCACUACUAUCAAUUGGGUACCACUCCACGGACUUAGACGUCCACAGAAACUGGUUGGCCAUUACCCACAAUCUUCCAGUGGCCCAGUGGUACAUUGAAAAAACCUCUCAGUGGACACUUGAUUACCCCCCAUUCUUUGCCUACUACGAGUGGGCGUUGCUGUACUUAGUGCCUCGUUUUGUGAGAGAAGAUGGCUGCUUGGCCAUAGUGGAAAAGGGCAUCUACAGCUUACCCACGGUGUUUUUCCAGAGACUCUCGGUGAUUGUGUCUGAAUUGGUGUUGUUUUUGGCGUUGCAAUGGUACGUGAAGUCUGCUAGGCUGAACCAGGAGGCUACGAGAGCGUAUGUGGUUGCACUGAGCUUGGUGCUUUCUCCAGGGAUCUUGAUCAUUGAUCACAUACACUUCCAAUACAAUGGCAUUUUGUAUGGGUUUUUAGUGCUCAUGAUCAAUUGUGCCCGUUUGGAGAAGUUCUUGUGGUGUGGCUUCUGGUUUAGUGUACUUCUCUGCUUCAAACACAUCUACUUGUACUUGGCCCCAGCCGUGUUCGUGUACUUGCUUCGGGCUUACUGCCUUAAUUUGUCCUAUGACCCAAAAAUGAGCUUUGCCCAUAACGCAGUACGUCUUGUGAGAUGGAAGAAUCUCUUCAAAUUGGGCUCGGUGGUCAUUGGCGUUUUUAUCGUUGCUUUUGGGCCUUUCAUAUACUACCACGUUAUCCCAGAGAUGAUCGCCAGACUCUUCCCCUUCAGCAGAGGACUCACACAUGCAUAUUGGGCGCCAAAUGUUUGGGCUUUGUAUUCGUUUCUCGACAGAGUGCUCAUUCAAGUCUAUAAAAGAGUCCCUCUCUCCAGAAUACCUCUUCAGAGGGUGCUUCAGUUCGAUCCUUCCCUCCUAAACAAUCAAAAGCUAGUUUCCUCUUCAACAAGAGGCAUAGUUGGUGACAUUGAGUUCCUUGUGUUGCCCACAAUUACUCCAAAACUCACAUUCUUGCUCACAUUGUUUUAUCAACUCAUGGCUCUUAUCCCACUAUUCCUCCAGCCUACGUUUGAACGGUUCCUUGGCGCCUUGACGCUUUGUGGUUACGCGUCCUUCCUCUUUGGCUGGCACGUCCACGAAAAAGCCAUUUUAAUCGUCAUAUUCCCCAUCUCGUUCCUAGUGACGAGAGACAAGAGACUCUUAAGCAGUUUCAAUCUUCUUGCAUCUUGUGGCUACGUUUCUUUAUUCCCACUCAUCUUCACCCCAGAAGAAUGGCUUAUCAAAGUCGUCUUUACAUUACUUUGGUACAUCAUCUUCUACUUCCACUUCAGGAAAGUUGUUAGAGUACCCAGCCACUUGACAGAACUGUCAGGUUACAUGUUGGAUAGAGUAAGCAAUCUCUUUAUAUUGGGUCUUUUACCUGUAACCAUCAUCACUGGUAUGAUAGACCUUUUCCAGCACAAGUACGAGGUACUCCGCCAGCUUGAGUUCCUCAAACUCAUGAUCUACAGUGUCUACUGCGGGUUCGGAGUGAUUAGCUCAUGGAACACCUUCAAUUGGCUUUACUUUGUCGACGAGACCAUCUGGGAUCCUUCCAGCUAG